UGAACAGAAAGUGAAUGACAGUUGUGCAAUAAGUGAUAUAAACAGUUUAUUCAUAAACUAACAUAAUGAUGAGCCAAAUGAGGUUUAGGCGUCAGGUGGUGCUGGUGAUUUGUUUGAUUGGACUCUCGCGAGCUGACGAUGAAUACGAAAACAAAUUAACGAAGCUAUGGUCCUUAUCAGGUGCUGCGGCGAGUGACGGAUCAGCUGUAGUAAAUGUAACCAGUGCUUCUAUCCUUAUCCAACCUACCUCAUAUAGCAGCGACCAAGCCCCUGCCAGGACAUCCAGGGAAUCAAAACUGCCUUACACUUACAAGAAAUACUCCUUCAGACCCAGAGCGAUACCUUUGACUAGGAACGAACAACCGCAAGUAGAAAAGAAUGUUUAUUAUUCAGAGGACAAUGUAAACAAGUACAAAUCUGAAGUACUUUUCCCUGGUAAUUAUUUCCCAAUUGCCAAAGAGAAAAGUGAGAAUGCGACAGAGGAGUUCAAUCCUCUGCAAGGAGGCCCGUUCCACCCCAAGUUAAUACCGCUGAUGAGAGGGCAGGACUUCCAAAAGAGGUCUCUGAAUGUGGAAGAUGAGCCAAUAAUUGAGAAACCUGACGGAUUCACAGAGGCCGUAGCGUCAAGGAGAUCAAUUUCUGAUUACUUAGGCGUUGAUGAUGAGGAUGAUGAAGAAGACCAGACUGAACUUGAAGAAGAAGACGAUGAUUACGAUGAGAAAGGCCACAAAGGAUCAAAAAACAAAUUGAAGAGGAAAGGAAUCAAGAAGGGUGCCAAGAAGCUCUCUAAAUACAUGCUGCCACUACUAAUGGCCUACAAACUCAAGUAUUUUGCCCUAGUACCUUUGCUAAUUGGAGGUCUAGUUCUGCUGGUCGGUGCUACAGGCCUCGCUGGGUUCUUCUUUGCACUGUUUGCAGCAGUCAUGACGCUACAGAAAGGAGGAUAUUAAAUUGAACAAAUAAAGUCGACGUACUCACAGUUGCCAUCCAAAACUAAGUUAAAAAGGGGUUUUCAUUUGCUCAACAUCCUAGUCUGAUUUUAAAACCUUCAGACGAUGUAUGACCACCGAUU